CUCCAGCCUGGGCAACAGAGAGAGACCUUGUCUCAAAACAACAACAAAGACCUGUGGGAAAGCACGACGCCUUGCUGACCGGAUGGGGUCAGAGGCCACGAGUAUUUCGCCUCCUGAGGUACAGGACUUUGCAGCCUUAGCCUAGGGAACACACCAGAGAGGGCCUCAGCGUCGAGGUGGUGACCGGAGUGCUGAGGGAAACCACGUGAGGUCUGAGGGGCGUGUCCGAGAUAGAGGGAAAACGGCUGGCGUAGCUGCAGUAGCAGGGUGGCACCCCACAGACAAGGCCCCGGCCAGCCCAGACUCCUCCUUCAGGACACCCGCUGCCUGUCCCUCCCCUCCACACCUUGGGAUGGGCUGGGCUCCACCAUAUGCUGCAGAUUUUCAGCCUUUUGAGGUGAUCAUGGUGGGGGCUGCACAAGAAAAGCUGAAUUCUCGGAGAGAGCAAAAGCCUAUCCCUGGGCCCCCGUGUGUCUGGGGGCUUUUAGCUCUGGUGCCAGCACCAACCACUGCUGCUAGUGCCCAGAGCUACUAUCCUCUCGGGCAAACUUGCCCCUUGUGAGGGAGGAGAACCCGGGCUUUGGGGCAGAGUACCUCACACUGGCCUUGCUUGGAUGGAGGAGGUGGCGGGUCCACCUGGACUCCCGAAGCAGCUCCCAGGAAAUCACUUGAGUCCCUGUGUUUCCCUUUUGUUCCUAGGGUGGGGGCUUCGUAGCCUUCUCCUCCCGAAAGCCCCACCUGAUCAUGCCCCGGGCCAGGCCCCUGCCCACGCUGUCUCCGGUCUUGCAUGGGGCCCUGCAGCGGCUCCCGCCUGCGGCCCCCAGAAGAAGAGUCGCCCUCCCAGCCCCCCAAGAGGAGGAAGAAGAGGUACCUUCGACAUGACAAGCCCCCCUACACCUACUUGGCCAUGAUUGCUUUGGUGAUUCAGGCCGCACCCUCCCGCAGGCUGAAGCUGGCCCAGAUCAUCCGUCAGGUCCAGACGGUGUUCCCUUUCUUCAGAGAAGACUACGAAGGCUGGAAAGACUCCAUUCGCCACAACCUUUCCUCCAACCGAUGCUUCCGAAAGGUGCCCAAGGACCCUGCAAAGCCCCAGGCCAAGGGCAACUUCUGGGCGGUCGACGUGAGCCUGAUCCCCGCCGAGGCACUGCGGCUGCAGAACACGGCCCUGUGCCGGCGCUGGCAGAGCGGGGCUGCAAGAGGAGCCUUCGCCAAGGAUCUGGGCCCCUACGUGCUGCACGGCCGGCCCUACCGGCCUCCCAGCCCCCCGCCGCCACCCAGCGAGGGCUUCAGCAUCAAGUCCCUGCUAGGGGGCUCCCAGGAGGGGGCACCCUGGCCGGGGCUAGCUCCACACAGCAGCCCAGUUCCUACGGGCAUGGAGAACAGUGGGGAAGAGGCUGUGCCCACCCCACCCCUGCCCUCCUCUGAGAGACCUCUGUGGCCCCUCUGCCCCCUUCCGGCCCCCAUGAGAGUGGAGGGGGAGGCUUCCCAGGGGGGAGCCACCGGGCCCUCCACCCUCUCCCCAGAGCCUGGGGCCUGGUCUCUCCACUUACUACAAGGCACCUCAGUUCCUGGGGGGCUGUCCAGUGGGGGACACAGGGCCUCCCUCUGGGGGCAGCUGCCUACCUCAUAUUUGCCUAUCUACACUCCCAAUGUGGUAAUGCCCUUGGCACCACUGCCCACCUCCUGUCCCCAGUGCCCACCAUCAACCAGCCCUGCCUACUGGGGUGUGGCCCCUGAAACCCGAGGGCCCCCAGGGCUGCUCUGGGAUCUAGACACCCUCUUCCAGGGGGUGCCACCCAACAAAAGCAUCUAUGACGUUUGGAUCAGCCAUCCUCGGGACCUGGCAGCCCCGGCCCCAGGGUGGCUGCUCUCUUGGUGCAGCCUGUGAGGCUCCUAAGGCAGGCGCUGCUCCUCCUUCCUGCUCCCAGCCCCUGCUUGUUGACAGAGAGCCAAGGCCAGUGGGGUGUCUGCGACCACAGCAGCCUCAAAACACCAGGCAGCAGCCUUGCUGGGAGUCCACGGUGUUUAUUGGACUACUUGAUGUGUGGCCGUGGCCCACCUGGGCAUAGCCCUUGCCCUGGUCAGUCAUGCCUGUUUCCCUACACCCAGAGGCAAAGCUGGAGAGGGCAGGGCUGAGCCUGGAAUAGCCCUUCCUAGUUUCCUCUUCUCAGCCCACCACCUAUCCAUCCGUCUCUGGCCAUCACCUCCCCUCCCUCCCUUGCUCCAGGCUGGGGGAGGGAGAGCCCAAUGGUGGAUCCGGCCUGAAGGCCUGCCCUCUCUCAUCUGUCUGGGAAGGAGGUAGCACCUUUUUCAGGAAAGGGGUUAGGGAGUAAAAAGACUGGACCCUACGUGAUCCUGGUGGUGGGCAAGAUAACAGUAAAGGAAUUUGCAACGUUUUAA